CAGCUGUCAGCUGCGGAACAGUCGAGCGUCGACUGCGGGGUGGUCGACUCUGCAGCAGCGAAAGCACAGGGGCUGACGGCACGGUAGCGAGUGAGCGGUUCUGGAACACUGAGACUCGACUCGCUGCGGCUGUGAUGACGUCGACUGUGAGGUGGUGCCUGCUGGCGGCAGCGGCGCUGCUCGUCGCAACCCCAGAGGUCGCCGCUCAGAACCCGGAGGCGCGGCGGGCUGCGGCGUGGUUGGAGGCGAAGCGGCGGCCCGACGGCGGCUGGGAGGCGGCUUCGGCGCCGGGGGUGGCGGAGACGGCGCGCGCCGUGCUGGCGCUGCGGAUGGCCGCGCUGUCGGAGGGCGCCGUAGCCACGGAGGCCGUGCUGCCGCCGGCAGAGGCGCUCGCCGUCAAGCAGAUGGAGCUCGAGCUGGUGCUGCUGCUCUGGAGGCACCACGAGGCCCCCGUGUCUCCUCGCACGCUGGCUCGCUACUGCCUGGCGCUGACGGCGCUCUGCAAGGACGCCAGGAACUUCUACGGCCACGACAUCGUCAACAUGCUGCAUAACCACGAGGCGGGCCUGGAGGCGGACUACGCGCUCAGCUCGCUGGCCGUCUGCAGCGCGGGCCACAACGUGCGCCGCCGACAGAUCCGCCGCCUCAGCGACGUCGUCGACAGCGUCGCCGCGCACGACACUGACACGCUGUCGCUGACGCUGCUGGCGCUGUCGUGCACGGCGCCAGACCACCACCACCGCAACCUGGGCCAGCUGGUACGCCGCCUCGCCACGGCGCUCGCCUCCAGGCAGACGCCCGCCGGCGGCUUCGGGCCGCCCUCCACCACCGCGCUGGCCAUACAGGCGCUGGACGCGGCGGACGCGGAGGCGGGCGCCUCGUGGAACCGGACGAGCGCGGUGGCGGCGCUGGUGUCUGAGCAGGCGGCCGACGGCUCGUUCGGCGGCAGCGUCGCCUCCACGGCGGACGCGCUGCUCGCCCUCAGCCCCCGGGGACUGGCCUCGCUGCGCGACGUGGGCUGCGCGCCGCACCGCCUACCGCCAGGCCCGGUGUCCUUCGACUUCGGCGGCAACUCGGCCCCUCUGGCGCCGCCGCUGGCCGCGACGACGUCCCCCGGGCGUCCCGACGGCGGCUCCAGCGCCGGACCCAGCGACGAGGUGGUGACGUCAUCCGGCAGCCGCAACUCGAGCCAGCAGCCGGACGAGGUGACGGUGACGUAUUCGCUGUGGGUGGGCACCGAGGUCUCCGAGAACUACUCGCUGACCCUGCGACCCGCGCGCAACUCCAGCUUCUACAACGUCAUGAUGCUCGCCGCCCAGCAGGAUGAGCACUACCAGUUCGAGGCAACGGAGUGGCCUAAUGGGCACUAUGUACACACGCUAGCGGGUCGCAAGGAGGAGCCGGCCAGCUACCUGUUCUGGCUGCUGUACCAGACGCCCACACUGCCAAACCCUGCAGAUCCUCCAUCAAAUCAACUCAUCACACCUGUUGGUGUUGACGGGCUGUUCGUGGACGAGGGUGACCACUACCUGUUCUGGUACAAGAAACUGUAACGGCAGACGCGCGUCAUGGCGUCUUCUCUUCCCUUCUCGCCGAUACCCUCUUCCGGGUUUUCUUGUUUUCAACAAUAGUUCAGAACUGUUUUUUCGACAAGCUACCCAGAAUUGAAUUUGAAAAAACGAUAAUGAACUUUUUUUGCAACUUAUCAUUACUGCCUUUUGUAACACGCACUCUCCGAGGAAUGUGGAGGGUGCUGGAACUAGGUUGUCGAAUUUUCCGUAAUUUUGCUACUGGCAUCAUAAAUUUGUCAGAAAAUUAGGCGAAUCACAUUGUUGUUUUACGGAAUAUACAAAAAGAACCUACUAUCCUAGUGAAUACUCUGAGAUUUGUAUUGCAACAUUUUCUGUAACACUUGACCACAAACUGUGUGGGUUUUCAGUAUCUUCGUGUGAACUCCUUUCAUAUACAUCACUUCUCCAUUAUACAUACUACAAGCUACCCAAAAACCUGACGUAGCCAAAUUACCUUCAAAAUGCGAAAAGCUGUACAAUUACACCUGUUUAAAGUAGAUUCCUCUAAACACACCUAAGUAGUAAAAAUACGCUCAGACGUUAAAGUUUGGCACAGAAAGCUUCACUUCACCUGUUUCGGUGAAAUAUGGAAGCAAACGCUAGUCACACAACUUAUCUCCAGUUUAAUAGUGUGAGGUGUUCAGCUCAUUGUGAAACUGCGUUUUCUAUACAGUAUUAUAAGUUCUGACAUGUCUAAGAGAAACGUGCUAGUCAUUUGCAGAGAGAACCGAACUCAUAGAGCAAUCCUUCCUUGUGGUGAAAUUGAUUCAACACUUCUUUCAUGGCACUAUCACAUUGCAUGAUUCAAGGUACAAAGCUGACUACCUUCAACACUUCAGGUUUGACAGGUAUUUGUUUGAAAAUUGUGAAUGUAACAUUAAAAUACUCCCUCAUGUAAUUAUUAUCGACAUUGGUACUGAGCACUUUUUUAUUUGUAAUAGAAUUAUCUCAUGAAAAAAAUUCAGCUCACUGAAAUUACUUGCAUUUUUCCAGAUAACGUAGUUAAAAUGUUGACAAAAUUUAUGAGUUUAAUUUGGCUGUAUGACGAUAGCAUUUACAUGAACCAUUAUUUUAGUGAAGCAUUGCCACAUGCUGUAAAUGCUCUCUAAAUGAAAAGUAUUUUUAAAGAGCCAUAUUAGUUUUAAUAACAUAAAUCUUAUGGAUGUACAUGAAUUGUAAUUUUGUCUCUUCCACUGUUUUCCUAGCUUAACUCAUUUUCACUGCUUCUGAGAUGUUUCUAGCUGUAAAAGAUAUUGUCAGUCUUUAUGGAUCAUAGGAUUGUUAAUAUCACAGUUUUUUCACAGUUAACACAGAAUUUUACCUUUUGCAACAAUUUAUUUUCAGAAUCUGCCUUCACAACAGCAAUGAGCUGUUCUCGAGUCAGUGAUGUGGCAGUAGAUUCUAUGUGAUUUCUGGCACAACUCUAAAACCCAUGAUUCUCAUCCACACUUAUCAAUUUAUAUCAAGAAACUGUACCCUACUUCUUGUUCACUGAGUGCUAUUAUUUGAAGUGGGAGCUAAAGUGAUUUCCUACGUUAACGUAAAAUGGGAAAUUACCUGCAUGUGAUUCUGCUGGAAUUUAUUGUGCUAGGCAUUUUAAGUUCUAAAAUAACUGUGAAUGUGAAUCAAAGUCAAUCCAGAAUCCAAUUUUAUCAAAAAAUAUCAACCAAAAAUAAUAAAUUACGAAAAUGAUUCCUUUCUCACAUUCACAACUGAAUUAACUAAUUACACUCUCCUCCAUAAAUUUACUUUGUGUCCUUUAACAUGAGACAAUAUAUUUACUUAAGGCUAGAAAUGAAAUGGUGACAAGAAAAGCCGAUGGAAAUCAAUGUUAUAUUUUUUUGUAUAUGAAAGUGAGAAUUUUUGUUUUCUUUUCACCAUAAUAAGCUUAUCUCCAAGUGGAACCUACUAUUCCCUUGUGUUUGCCUUUGACAACAAUGCACAAAACAGCUAAAAAGGGAGAAUGAAUUUCCAGCUAGUUACUUUUAAGGUUGCUUAUGAGAUAACGCCAAUGGUGAAGAUUAGCUAGCUUUAACUUGGCACAGCUCUUCUGUUGUCUUUCACUCUGUAAGUUAUAAGGAAAAGGAGGAGAAUUAUGAAGUUGUUGUACACAAUAAUGAAGAAUCAGAACAAUAAAGAUUUGUGUUCCGUGCCUUUUUUGGACUAGAAUAGAUUUUGUUUAUAGAUACAAGCUGUACAUUAGCAGCUUGGGUUUCAUGAGAGAGUAGGACUCUAUGCCUGGCAUUGUAUGUGACUUGUAAUUAAGUUAAGAGUUCUGCAAGAUGGAAAACAUACGUUUGUCAUCCGCCAUAUACAUAUAACUGCAUACUACAUAUAAAUGUGAACUGAACAAUAAAGGUUUCUUAUAACAA